CCCAUCCCCUCCCGCGCUCGUACCUCCGAUGCAUGCCUCGUGCGCUUCCCCACCGCUUCCCCCAGAUCUGCCCCCGCCAUCGCCGGAGGUGAAGAGGCAAUGCCUGAAGCUGCUCCGGCAAUACAACAGCGUGCGCCAGCUCCGGCAGAUCCAUGCCUACAUGCUCCGGACGGGCGUCUCCGACGACGCCUUCUCCGCCAGCCGCCUCCUCUACUUCUCCUCCCUGGCGGAUCUCAGCUACGCCUCGGCAGUCCACGCCCACAUACCCCACCGCAACACCUUCUCCUGGAACGCCCUCAUCCGCGCUCACGCCCACUCCAACUCCCCCUUUGCCAAGCAAGAAGCGAUACUUCUCUACGACCGCAUGCUGCGAGACGGCUGCUGCUUUGACAAAUUUUCAUUUCCUUUCGUCCUCAAGGCGUGUGCCUUCCUUUUCGCUGCAUCCGAGGGCUCGCAGCUCCACGCCCAAAUUUUAAAGGCGGGUUUCGGUGACGACGUCUUCGCGAACAACAGUCUGAUUCAUAUGUAUGCGACUUGUGGGUUAAUUCCGGCGGCACGCAUACUGUUUGACAAAAUGCCUGAGAGAAGCCUCGUCUCUUGGAACGUUGUCAUUGAAGGGUACGUGCUGGAGGGUCAGUUUGAUGAGGCUCUGCAGCUCUUCAAGAGGAUGCAGCUUGAUGGGAGCGGUGACUCUGCGGGCACGCCGGAUAGGUACACCAUGCAGAGCGUCGUGUCUGCUUGCGGCGCACUGGGGGCGCUGGCGUUGGGGAUGUGGGCGCAUUGUUCUGUGGUCAGGAAAGGUGUGCAGGUUGGUAUUCUAAUGGAGAAUGCGCUUGUUGAGAUGUAUUCGAAGUGCGGCUGCCUGGUUAUGGCUCGCCAAGUCUUCGAUAACAUGUUAGAGCGCGACGUUUCGACGUUUAAUGCCAUGAUUUUUGGAUUAGCUAUGCAUGGCCAUGGGAAGGAAGCCAUCGAAGUUUUCGCUGCCAUGAAAGUUGUGGGAGUGAAGCCGAACAGCAUUACUUUCGUGGGUAUUUUGAGUGCUUGCAGUCAUGCAGGCAUGAUUGAUGAUGGUAGGAAGUAUUUCGAUUGCAUGACUAAGGACUAUGACAUUGAACGGCGGAUUGAGCACUAUGGCUGCAUGGUUGAUCUUUUAGGACGAUCUGGCUGCCUUAACGAGGCUGCGAGGCUCAUCUCCAGUAUGCCUGUAGAGCCAGAUGCAGCAAUAUGGAGGAGCAUGCUCAAUGCUUGCUGCAGGAACAAUGCCGGCUUAGAGUACAGUGAGCUUGCAGCAAAACGGAUUCUCGAGUUGGAAGAUGAUUCCAGCGGGGCUUUUGUAUUGCUUUCUAAAGCAUAUGCCUCUAGGAGCCGGUGGUUUGAUGUCGGUGCAGUGAGAAAGGUGAUGGCUGGUAGAGGAAUAACAAAGCAGCCAGGUUGUAGUUCAAUCGAGAUCGAUGGGAUUGUUAAUGAAUUUUUAGCAGGAGAUAGCACACAUCCUCAGUCAGAACAGAUAUACAAGAAGCUGGAUCUUAUCGAUGACAGACUGAACUCUGUUGGUUAUGUUCCUGAUCGAACACAAGCAGUCAUGGUUGACGAGUACGAUCAUGUUAAAGGGGAUUCACUAAGGCUACAUAGUGAGAGGCUUGCAAUUGCUUUUGGACUUCUUAACAGGAAACAAAACGUGCCAAUUCGGAUUAUGAAAAAUCUUCGUGUAUGUGGUGAUUGCCACCAUGCUGCUAAAUUGAUAUCUGACCUGUUUAAUGUGGAGAUAAUUAUGAGAGACCGUGUUCGAUUUCACCAUUUUAAGGCCGGAUCAUGUUCUUGUAUGGACUACUGGUGAUACUUCACGUUGUAUUAUAGCAAUAGGUCCGUAUAGUACCAUUAGUUGGUCGAUAAAUGUAAAUGGAAAUUGAUUCAACGUUGCAUUAUAUUGCAAGCAGUUACACUGGAAAUGCUGUGAGAUCAGGGUGAUAGCCAGGGCAGCCUGGUUAAUGGGAAGAUUUAGCAAAAACAUUAAGCUAGGAACAAAGGGCCAAUGACCAUCACGGAUCAGUAAAUGCGCAUGUGCAGGGAACUUUGUCUGUUUUUCGGCUUACUGGACUUCAUAUUGAAUUGUAAAGAUCAAGGCUUUUUCUUCA